UUUCUGUGUUGUCACAGAAUACAGAAGAAUUGACAAGACCGACUGGCCGCACGUCUGUCUAAACUCAAAUGGCCGUUCUUCAGUCAAACAGGGAGAAGAAACUCAAACUUCAAGAUCUGAACUCGUUCAUCACAUGCAAACUUUGCAGUGGAUAUCUGAUUAAGCCGACGACGAUCACGGAGUGUCUUCACACAUUCUGCAGAUCAUGUAUUGUGAGAUAUUUACAAGAUAGGGACGACAAUAAAUGCCCCACUUGCUCGAUUCUCAUCCACGAAACAAAUCCAUUUGAAAUGCUCAGGUCGGACCAGACGCUGGAGGAUGUAGUUUACAAACUUGUUCCCGCGUUGCAAGCUAGUAAGCCCUGUAAUGUUUUUUAAGUAUGACACUAAUUGAGAACAAAAAUUC